AACCAAAAGUGAACUAGGAUGAAGUUCCUUUUAAAGUCUUCAGUUAUGCGUUAAAAUUUUCGACUUUUUCAGGAUCACACGAGUUUGUGGCGACUAUUUUCUGUUUGGUCGACCGUUUGCAACACUGUCUGAUCUCAUCCAGGCUUUCAUCAGUGAAUCUGAGGCCACAGUUGUUCCGCUGCCACCUCCUUCGGCGGUGAAGCUAAUCAGUCGGCAGAGGGUUGCUAUAUUACCAUUUCGAGCGAUGCCCGAUACUGAUGAAAUAAGAUUGGAGAAAAAUGGCAAAGCUGGCCUUGUUGCCGUUCAACUUACUGUCCCUUUGGUUAGCCUACUACCCUUUCUUUAUCAUUUUUUACUGAAUAUUGAAAUUUUACGGUUUUUGUUAACCUCACUAUUGCAGAACGACAAG